UAAGUUCAACUUUGAGGUUAUGUUUAUGUCAACAAAAAAAUUAAUAGUAGUUUCCUAAUCAAUUUUACAUUAAAAAAAAAAACAAACAAAAGUCCUUAUACAUAAACAUAAUGGAAGAGUCAAAAGAAUCGUCCCAAAAACGCUGGUCGCAUUUAAGAAAAGUCCUGGAGAGACCCGGUCCGUUUAGCCAUCCGGAAUUCGAACCCUCCCCGGAAAUUUUAGAUUUCAUAUUGUCCACCUGCAAAGUCCUAAUUAUCGGGGCCGGCGGUUUGGGCUGCGAACUGCUAAAAGACUUGGCAAUGAUGGGGUUCAAGCACAUCCAUAUUAUCGAUAUGGACGUUAUAGAUUUAUCGAAUUUAAAUAGGCAGUUUCUGUUUCGCCACAAGGAUAUUGGUGUGUCCAAAGCUGAGGUGGCCGCAAAAUAUGUAAACACAAGGAUUCAAGGGUGUCAAGUUAUACCUCAUUAUUGUCCGAUUCAAGAAAAAGAUGAAGAAUUUUAUAGACAAUUCCAUGUAAUCGCUUGUGGGUUAGAUUCAGUGCCUGCAAGACGAUGGAUUAAUGGGAUGGUUGUUUCUUUAUUAAAUUAUGAUGAGAAUGGUGCUUUAGAUCAAUCUAGUGUAAUUCCUUUAGUUGAUGGAGGCACAGAAGGGUUUAAAGGUAACGCCAGGGUGAUUUUACCAGGCAUGACUGCUUGUGUAGAAUGUACCCUGGACUUAUACCCUCCUCAGGUCACUUACCCCCUUUGCACUAUUGCCAACACACCCAGAUUGCCCGAGCAUUGCAUUGAGUACAUUAAAGUGGUACUAUGGCCAAAAGAAAACCCAUUUGGGGUCUCUCUGGACGGCGACGAUGCCCAACACCUCACAUGGGUCUAUGAAAAAGCUUUUGAAAGGGCUCAGCAAUUCAAUAUACAGGGUGUGACCUUUAGGCUUGUCCAAGGGGUAGUUAAAAAUAUAAUUCCAGCUGUAGCGUCAACUAAUGCCGUUAUUGCUGCAGUAUGUGCCACAGAGGUGUUCAAACUGGCGACAAGUUGUUGCAGCCCCAUGAAUAACUUUAUGGUGUUCAAUGAUGUCGAUGGGAUAUACACUUACACAUAUGAAGCAGAAAAGAAGGAAAAUUGCACUGUAUGCUCGAAUAUUCCCCAGUUGGUUACUAUAGAGGACCCAUAUAAAAUGAAACUGAAAGAUUUAAUUGAGCAUUUGUGUGAAGAUCCUAAGUUUCAAAUGAAAAACCCCGGAUUAACUACCACAGUGGAGGGCAAAAGUAAAACUUUAUAUAUUCCAACAAUAAAAGCCAUCGAAGAGAGAACCAGGGAGAACUUAAGUAAAUCUUUAAUAGAAUUAGGUUUGAAGGAUGGGCAAGAGUUGGUGGUUGCAGACACAACCACUCCCACCUCGGUUAUCUUGAAGCUAGUUUAUUCAAUUGGGGAUGUAGAAAUGAGUUAAUUAAAUAAAUAAAUAAAUUGUUUAAAAUUGCA